AUGAAUGUCAUUUACCUGACGUUCAAGAACUAUGGGCUCACCGUGGCAGGGGACAAGACGGUCAGCAUGUCCUGGAACACGCCUGAGGAGACGCGCAACAGCAAGAGCUUGAUCACAGUCAGAGGGGAGGACCUGGGCAAUGUCCGGACCUUCAAGUACCUCGGGCACGUGCUAGCCGACGACCCAAACAAGCUGCAACACAUCACCCAGCAGAUCAGCUCUGCAUGGGCAAAGUGGGCGGAAAUAAAGGACGUCCUGACGGACAAGGAGGUGAAGAUGACAACACGGGUCCGGAUGCUGGAGGCGAUGGUGCGCAGCAGACUAGUCUAUGCAGUGCAAACCGAACGACUCCGAGCCUCCGAACGAGACAAGCUUGACAGCCUGUGGAUGAAUUUCUGCAGGAAGCUAGUCAAAGGCAGGUUCAGCAAGAAGAAGAACAUGGACGGUGAGGACACCUACGUGUACAAGUAUAACGCCAGCGAGAUACUGAAAAUCUGCCGGACAUCCCGAGCGAGCGAGUUUUGUCUAAAACAGCACGUCAAGUACAUGGCGCACAUUACUCGCAUGCCCAACUCAAGCGAGCAGAAACAGUGGCUGUUCACCAAGGCUGUGCAUAAAUACACCCAGAACCAGUGGAUAGCCCUCGGCCAGGACCUAGGCGGACUGGACGAAAUGCACGUUAGGCGCAUGCUCUUCAACUGGAAAGAGCUCAAUGCGUGGCUUCGGCGCCACGAAUCACAAUGGACGUAA